AGCAAAAAACUAAAACAAAACAAAACAAAACAAAAGUAAAAGAAGGAAAAAGGGGCCUCUGAGGGUUGGCCGUUCACGUUUAUAUGUUUCUCUCUCUCCCCCACUUUCCCUCUCCCCUCUCGCCUCUUCCUUGUCCUGAUUCGUAUAAUCCUUCUAUCCAUUCUGAUGUUCUUGGAGCUUAUCACCAAACAAUUCAACAAUUACUCCGCAUUCUCAAUGAAGACGAACAAGGCCAAACAGCCACCUACACCAGCUGCGGCGGCUGCUGCCCUCCCAGCUCCGCCUAAUGGGGGAUUGGCUGCGUGGUCCGGGGUUUUCGCCUCGUUUCUUUUGUUUGUUACCACCUGGGGGUUUUCGACCGCGUUUGGAGCUUUCCAGAGUUAUUACCAAUCGGACCUGUUACCCACGAGAUCGGCCUCGCAGAUUGCCUGGAUUGGGACGGUGAAUGCGUUCUUCCUCAUCGCGACGGGGAUUGUGGCCGGACCCCUCUUUGAUCGAGGAUACCUGCAUCACCUGAUGAUCGUCGGCUGUUUCCUCACUACCUUAGGGCUAAUGAUGCUAAGUCUUUCGACCGAGUUUUUCCAAGUAUUCCUCUCGCAGGGAGUCUGCUGUGGCUUGGGGAGUGGGCUGAUCUAUGUUCCUGCCCUUUCUCUCGUGACGACCCAAUUUACUACACAGCGUGGGAUUGCAGUUGGACUGGUGACAUCCGGUGCUAGUGUGGGCGGAGUCAUCUUUCCUAUCAUCUUCAUCCGGCUUCAGCCGCGGAUCGGAUUCCCAUGGACGGUGCGAACGAUGGGGUUCAUCCAGCUGGCCUGCUCUUGCAUCGCCGUCCCGCUGCUGCUGGCGACGACGAAAACGCGAGUCGCCCCGCCGCGGCAGCUGAUCCACUGGCACGCACUGCGCGAAUGGCCCUUCGCCGCGUAUGCGAUUGCUAACUUCCUGAUGUUCAUGGCCUACUUCGUCCCGGUAUUCUACGUGCCUGCAUUUGCCACGGGCGCGCUGCCCACGUCGACCGCGCUCAGCUUCUACCUAGUCUCGGUGCUCAACGCGGGCUCGGCGCUGGGCCGCAUCGGCUCCGCGCUGCUCACCUCGUCUUCCGGAAAACUGCGCGCCAGCCACGUCCUGCUGGCAAGUGUGCUCGCCUCCGCUGUAAUUCUAUUUGGGUGGGUGGGCAUCCACCACUCGGUGGCGGGGUUUGUCGUGUUCUGUGUCCUUUUUGGAAUCUUCUCCGGCGUCCUCAUCUCGGCCAACCCCGUCGUCAUCGCCCACCCGGUCGUCUCCCCGACACCCUCAGUGAUUGGCACCCGCAUGGGCAUGCAGUGGUUUGCCACCAGCUUGGGCGUGCUGGUGGGGGCGCCCAUCGCCGGCGUGAUCGAGGGUCACGAAGGAACUGGAAAUGCGUUCUUGGGGCUGCAGCUGUUCAGCGCACUAGGAAUGGUAGUGGCGGGGGCGUUCUUAGUGGUUCCAAUGGUGGCCAUCUGGCGAUAUGAUAAGCCUUGAUAGUUAAGGGGGGG